AUGGGGACUGAUAAACAGAUCUCCGAUAUGUCUGACCUCGCAUGUACCCGCUGUCGUGAGCGCAAAAUACGCUGUGGGCGGGAACGGCCUCAUUGUCGCAGCUGCGAGCGGGAGGAAGGCGUGGUAUGCGUAUACCAGAAUCCCGUGAAAAGGGUGAACCACUUGAAACUACUGUGUGACAGUGUUGAGCUCUUGCAGCAGCGGUUGACGUCGAUCGAGUCACAUUUGAGCCGCCUCCAUGCGCGGGCGGAGUCCGCUGAUCCCGAGUCUUCCGGUCUCCGCUCCACCGCGGAGGCGGAAGACAGCUCCACUCCGAGACCCGCGCUUCACGGAAGAGAGGCCCGCUGCAGCAGCUCCAUCGAGCACUUUCUACAACAUGUUGAUUGCCAGACGGACGUCUUCGACCCACAGAAUCUUCGUCACCAACUGGAUCGGGUUUAUGAGGAGCAUGACGACGUAUGGGCAAUCUGCUUCAAGACUAUCACGUUGAUCGUGCUAGGUCUGGAGAUAACUCACGCAGGCACUCUGAUCGGCGACUUUGCGCGAUCACUAUUACCCAAUCGGGCCGCGCUGGUUAGCUCACGCGUUCUAACCACGUCGAGACUCGUGAAUGUUCAAACGCUUAUCCUUCUCAGUGUUGCCGCGCAGCAAUUCGACCCUCCUGGAUGGGCAGAGCUCAUAUUCGCAAAUGCUUGUCUGAUCGCUAGAACGAUGGGUCUUCAUAGUUUGCCUAUCACCGCGAACGAGAGCAUGUGCGAGCAAGCCAAGGUAUUCCAGGCGCUGUACAUCCGAGACCGACGGCUGUGUAUUAGCCGAGGCGCCCCGUCAUGGCUGCCUUCUAUGGAGUACAAACUGACGGUGGAGCUGACUGAUAUUGCUAGUAAUUUGGCCUAUCGGGACCAAUUCCGGCUGGCGAUAAUUCAAGAUGGGAUACACGCUCAAGCUCACACGGCUGCGGGAGUUGAUGCGCAGAGUCUGGAGAAACAGCUGGACCAUUUCAUAAAUCGGACGCGACUGUUACAAGGUCCGAUGUCAUCUGUUGUUUCUCGAUCAGCGCAAGCCUUGGAAUUUCUCGCUACGCGAAUCCUUGCGUUCGAGCAUGGUCCAGAAACCUACGCUGCGCAGGCGCGGUCAGACGCACGCGCUAGCUGCUUGCUUGUGUUAAUGGCAUACGGGGACAGAGGACAAGACCUGCAAGAUGAAUUUCAAGAAUUGGUCCGAGGGGUAGAAAAUGAAGUUGGACUGGGCGGCUCACCAGACACAUUCUUCACCGCACUUGACGCUUUCUCACUGCCUGGGGUUUUCAUCCUACUGAAUGGACUCGUGCAAAGACACCAUGUGGAGUCAGAGUCUACUUCAAUCACUAAUCUUGACCUUCUCCAUCGACUGUCGGCGUGCUAUGCGGAACAGACAGCAUGGAUGCCAUCCACACAUUACCAUCGCAGGGUAUCGUGGAUCUUAGAUCAGCUAUUGCUGGUGAUUGACAUGAUCCAGAACCCGCAAGAUGCAUCCACAUGUGUCCAGGGGGCAAUUACCCACCUGUCCUCUGAUCGCCCCGAGGGUAUGCGACACGGUAGUGAUACCGAUAUAGUAGGCCCCUGGCCUCCAGGAGAUUCAUCAGCCACCUCUUUGACGUGGGACACGUGGCUAUCGUCGACCUCGCCGCUCGGCCCGUCGUCUCUUGGACCCCCUACGCCGAUAGAUCCCACGCGGGUGGUAUCGCCUGAUUUAUUGACACAAAUGCUGGCUGUGUCACAGGGCCUGGAUGGAGUGGAGAACCUACCGUGGACGACUGUACCAGAGACAUCGGGACGGAAGCGCCGACGAACGGACGAUCCUUUCAUACCAGGAAGCGGGAUAUUCGAAUAA